AUUGUGUUUCUGCUUCAGGGUGAAUACGGCAAGGCUAAAGAAUAUCACGAGAAAGCACUUUUAAUGAGCAGUGAAGCUGAAGACAUAAAAAAUGAGAUGGAUUCUCUGAGUAACCUUGCAAUGACAAUGCUGUUGGAAGGCAACGUCGAUGAAGCUAAAUCGCUUCUCCUGGCCAAAAUUCACAAGUUUGAAAGAAUCCUAAGUUUCAUGACAGAUGCGGAUGACCAAAUAAAGAUAUCACUGUUCGACGAGCACGCGCAUGCCUACCAGUUUCUAAGUGUACUAUUUUCCUUCACUCAAAAUCCUGACCAAGCACUUUACACUGUAGAGCUUGGACGAGCAAGAGCCCUAGCAGACUUAAUGUCGGUACAGUACUCCUUUCCAAAACAAAUAUCACACAAUCCACAGACGUGGAUGGGCAUUGAAAGCAUUAUGGAGAAUGAAAGAAAGUGCAUCUGUCUAUACAUUUCCUAUGCAUUUCACUUCAUACUUUUGUGGAUUAUUAAAUCAGACGAACCUAUACGUUUGCGAACAAUAGAUGUCAAUACCUGUUUCAUUGACAAAGUCUUUGUAAGAUAUGUGGAUGAAAUGUUUGACACUGAAAUCGUGAGGCAAUUCCAUACCUUAUCUCCAGAGCAGUGCGAGGAUCGAUCCUGGUUUUCUUCUAAUACCAAGGAAGACAGCCUUGCUGCCGCCCGCCUUGCAGAAGAAGAUGAAGUCAAAAAUCAGCAACCCAUUCCUACUCUUUCUGAGUGUUACAAUAUGAUCAUUGCUCCUGUGGCCGAAUUCCUUGACGAGGCCGAAAUUAUUAUUGUCCCUGAUCGCUACUUUUUCAAAGUUCCGUUUGCGGCGUUACAAGAUGAAAAUGGAAAGUAUUUAUCAGAAUCUUUCAAGAUCCGCAUCGUCCCCUCUUUGACAGCACUAAAGCUAAUUCAUGACAGUCCAUCAGACUAUCACAGCCAGACUGGUGUGCUGAUAGUGGGAGAUCCUGAUGUUGGUGUGGUGCUGUACAGAGGAGAUGUUUAUAAACCGCCAAGAUUGCCUUUUGCAGAAAUGGAAGCUGAAAUGAUUACACAGCUACUGGACGCUAAAUCUCUAGUAGGAAAGCAAGCAACAAAGCAGGCUGUUCUUCAAAGCAUUAGUUCCUUUAGCCUCGUACAUUUUGCCGCUCAUGGGAAUGCUGAAAGAGGAGAAAUUGCUCUAGCCCCUUCACUUGCCUCUAAGACGCCUCCAGAAGAAAAAGACUACUUACUGACAAUUCACGACAUCUCAGAAGUUCGACUUCGAGCCAAGCUGGUAGUUCUAAGCUGUUGCCACAGUGCGCGUGGACAUAUCAAAGCCGAGGGAGCUGUUGGAAUCGCACGAGCCUUUUUAGGAUCUGGUGCACGCUCGGUGUUGGUAGCACUGUGGGCUAUAGAAGACAAAGCAACAAAGCAUUUCAUGAGUCGUUUUUACGAGCACCUUGUUCUUGGAGAAAGUGCUAGUGAAUCUCUUCACGAAGCCAUGAAGUGGAUGAGAGCUAACGGCUUUCCGGACGUGGGACAAUGGGCUCCUUUUAUGCUGAUUGGAGAUAACGUGUCCUUUGAUUUUGGAAAUUAA